UAUGAUGUAGAGAAGCUACCAUCCUCCCAAUGCAGAGCGAACACAAACGCUUUGAUUUGGUUAUGGAAUUCGCCAAGUUUCUCAUCCUUCACAUUUGUAUACAUCUCGGAGAGUUCUUUCAUGAUUUCGUCCCUAUUGCACACUAGAGGCCAACUAUCGGGAACAGGAAGCGGAACAGUAUAACGUCCGGUAGGCGGUGAAUUUGCGUCGUUCCAUUUUCUUGAGUCAACUUUAUCUGCCUUGCGCGGUCUCCCACGCUGACGUUUCUCGGUAAGAACAUGCCCGCCAUCACUUGCGCCUUUAGCUAGGGCACUCUUAGGGCUUUUGGGGGCGUCACAUGAAUCAGAUUUCUCCGACGCUGAGUCACUUUUCUUGAGUGUUCCAUUAUUUAGUGCUCCUUGAUCCGAAGAUUCUUCAGCGCUUGUUUCCGCUGGUCGUUUCUUGGGAGGCCUGCCUCUUUUACCAGUUGAAACCUUUUUCACUUCCGGGGCACUGAAACCAAUGCGUGAAAAUUAUAUAGGAGCCUUAACUGACUUUUUCACAUCAAAAAUGAAUGGUGAAAGACAAAAAAUACAUAUCAGGGACACAUACACAGAGUUAAUGAAUCGAUACACUGAUUAUAUAACAACUAAACUAAUAAAUAAAAAAUAUAUAAGAAUCUAA